AUACCGUUGCAGCGUGGUGGUAAACUACCACAUUGCCAUCCGGUCAUACUGGCUCCCAAAAUAUUUUUUAGCAACUUUAAUUAACAAUUGAUAAACUAAAACGAGCGCCCCGGCCUUGCGGGCAGUGAGUGGAGCACGGCGAAACAGGAGAAAAACAGCACUAAUGGCUGGCCGGCGUGAAAUGCGCAGGGCAGAAGGCAGCAAAAAACGGCACAACGUUAAAGUAGAGCAACUGCAACUGUAACUGUAACUAUUAAACCUGGGCAAGGCGCGAGGGUGGUGUUGGCAGGGGUGGCCGAGAGGAAGAGGAAGUGAGGUGGGGACGCCAAGCAGAGAAGCACAUCUGAAAUCGGAGAGGUGGUUAAAAUGGAGCCACCAGCUGCUCCAGUUGUUUUAAAGCCCUUGGCUGCAGCUUCAUCCUGCCUGGCUGAUAGAAAUCGAACGGAUCCGAUUGCUGCCAGGUCGCAGGAGCAGGAGGAGGAGGAGGAAGAAGACGACGAGGAGGAUGAAGAUGAGGAUGAUCCCAAGGAGGAUCAGGAGGAGGCCUUCUACGAGGCGCGCAAUGGCAACGAAAGCGACGAACUGGAACAGGCCUUCCAAAGCGCUCUUGCUCUGGCCAACGAUGUUCAGGUGAGUGUCAGCGAGGUGGAGGAGUCCCCACUUUCAUCUGGAAACAUAAACGAUGAGGAGCAGCUGGGGGCCUGCGCACUGGCCCAGCCCAAUGACCCAUCUCCCAAAGAUGAGAAGCCAUCGGAGGCCAAGGAGCACAGGGAGCCCCGCCAUCAAACUCUGCUCUCCACCAAAUCCUGCGAGACGCCGGCCAACAACGCCACACUCUCGCCCACCAAUUCCUACAAUGGUAGCAUUGGUAGCGAUGGCGGCAGUAGUGUGGGCGGAGGUGCGCGCCGAAAAUCCUGGACGCUGUCGCCCCAAAGUGGCGGUUCCACACCGCUGAGUGGAGCGAAGAAAAAGACUAAGGCGGGAGCAGCUGCUUCAACACUGUCCAAUGCGAACGGCGACGGAUUCAACCUUUGGGUGGCACGCGAAUGCUUCGAAACCGUGCCCGCUGAGAUGGUGGACACCCUGAGCAUGGCCGAAGUCGAUGAAGAGGUCGAGGAGGAAGAGGAGGAUGAAGAGGCGGCUGCCGUCGAGAGUCUGCUUGGAGCAGCCGCUGCCCUACAGGCCAGUGCCCAUGUGCAGCGUCGUCAGCAGCAGCAGAAGCAGCAGCAACAACAGCAGCAGCUGCAAUCACACCAUCACCAUCUGCGACAGCCCUCGCCGCCACAGCAUCGACCGCUGGAACGAUCCUGGCCGCCGCGUGCCGUUGGUCGGGACCUCAAGGUCCAGGGCGAUGUCUUCCAGUUCGACAUUCUGGACACGGACGAGCGGCUGGCCGAGGAGAUGAAUCCGGGCAGCGGGAGCUCCAACAACUCACCACUGGCCACGCCGCCGGUGCGUUUCAAGCCGCUGCUGAAGAAGAAGAUCGGACCGGACAGCUACAUAAACACAAUAAGCACACAGAAGGUGCCGGUCCAUCAGAGCUACGAGUUCCCCACCUUCCCCAGCUCCUCGGGUGUUGGCUCCUCGUCCUCGUCGCCGAAUAGUCUGCAAUUUCCGUAUCUGCGUCAGCACCGUCCGCUCACCCGUGCCCUCUCCAAUGGCAAGGCCAGUUCAUCGGAGGAGCAGGCUUCGCCACGUCUUUUGCUCUCGCCAAAGCGACAGCGGAGUCCUCCCUCGGGCUGCUCGACGCGCAGUGCCUCGCCGCUGGACCUCAGCCUGAGUCCCGAGCAGCAUUCGCCCACCAGGGGCCGCGGAGUGGGCGGGGCACUGCAGGAGGCGGUGCCGCCGGGAACGCCAACAUUCCAUGGCCAACGGCCGCAGCAGAGGCUGCUCAAACGCGUGGGCGGCGGAGCCGGAGCUGGUACAACGGGAGGAGGAGCCAGUGGAUCGCCGUUGGUCUGCCCGCCCACUCCCACUCAUCAUGCCCGUCGGCAUGCCCGCCUGCAAGCCGUCACUGCCAACUCCAGCCUCGCCAGCGGCGGACCGAUCCCCACGGAUCCGCCAGCCGCAUCUAGUCAAUUGGAUUACAUCUACCUGCAGGACGGCAGCCAGGAUGGCGGCCAGCAGGGUGGCAGCCAGGAGCCGCCGGACGAGGUGGUGCACAUCAGCAGCACGCGCUUGCCUUCCAUUCCCGAGCGCAGUGCAGCCGCAGCAGCGGCGGCGGCAGCAGCAGCAGCAGCAGCUGCCGGAGCUGGAGCCGCUCUCAUGGAACCGGGAUCGUGUUCCGUGUCGGGAUCAAGCGGAGCCGGGGCCGCGGGAGAGCCACCACUGCCGCCAGCUUGGGAGGCGCGCAUGGACAGCCAUGGACGCAUCUUCUACAUUGAUCACACGACGCGCACCACCUCCUGGCAGCGACCGGGAGCGGCGCCCAGUGGUGGACCGGCGGGCAGGGAGCAGCAUCAUCGCCAGCAGUUGGACCGGCGGUAUCAGAGCAUCCGGCGCACCAUCACCAACGAGAGCAGAGCCGCGCAGCUCUACAAUCUGCCAGCGUCGGCGGCGGCGAACAGCAGUGGCAAUCCCGCUGCUCCUCCAGCUGUCCCGCCACCCGCCUCGACUAUCCACCCUGCCAUCCUGAUGCUCUGCCGCCCGGACUUCUACUCGCUGCUGCACACCAACGAGGCUGCGCUGGCCAUCUACAAUCGCAAUGCGGCGCUCAAGCACAUGGUCAUGCGGAUACGCCGGGAUCCGCAGUGCUUCCAGCGGUAUCAGUACAACAAGGAUCUGGUGGCGCUGGUCAACACCUUCGCCCAGAUGGGCAGGGAGCUGCCCUCGUGCUGGGAGACGAAGCUCGACCAGUCGGGCAAGCAGUUCUUCAUCGAUCACCAGCACCGGCGGACCUCGUUCAUGGAUCCCCGCCUCCCAGUCGAGUGUCCGCGGGUGGUGCGCCAUCGCCAGCAGCAUCCGCAGCAGCAGCAGCAGCAUCCCCAGCAACAGCAGCAUCCCCAGCAGCAGCCGGGCACCGUGGGCUACUACUAUCCGGAUCUGACGGAUGGCAACUGCCUGUCGGCCACCAGUGGCCAUAUUAACGCCAGUCCGGGCUCCUCGGUGUCGGGAGUGCCGCCUCUGCCGCCGCCAAGGCCGUCGUCGUCGUCGUCGGCCUCAUCGGCGAGGAGCAGCCAUGGACAUGGCCACAACUGCACCACGACGGCGGCCAUCGCCUGUGCCUUCAGCCUGAACUCCCGCGCAGCAGCGAACGAAGCGGCUGGAAUGGGAGCCACUGCAGCCGGUUACGAGGAUGUGCCCAUUGCCUACAACGAAAAGGUCAUUGCCUUCCUGCGCCAGCCGAACAUCCUGGAGAUCCUGCGAGAACGGCAGGGCCAGCACACAAUGUCCCGUCCGCUUCGUGAAAAAAUCAAUAUCCUGCGGGUGGAGGGAGUUCCCGCUCUCGAGAGAUUGGGCCAUGACCUACAACUGACCAUUUUGCUGAGCCUGUUCGAGCAGGAGAUCAUGAGCUAUGUUCCUAUUGAAGAGCGCAGUCCGCAGGGAUCGCCGGUUCUCAGUUCCCGGAUGCCGCAGCGCGCUCCGCCGCCGUUCCGUCGCGAUUUCGAGGCCAAGCUGCGCAGCUUCUACCGCAAACUGGAGUCCAAGGGCUACGGCCAAGGACCUCACAAGCUAAAACUGCACAUUCGUCGCAGUCAUUUGCUGGAGGACGCCUUCCGUCGCAUCAUGUCGGCCAACAAGAAGGAUCUGCAACGCGGUCGCCUGGCCGUCUUGUGGGACACGGAGGAGGGCUUGGACUACGGCGGUCCCUCGCGCGAGUUCUUCUUCCUGCUCUCCCGCGAGCUGUUCAAUCCGUACUACGGAUUGUUCGAGUACUCCGCCAAUGAUACGUACACGGUCCAGGUGUCGCCGCUCUCGGCCUUCGUCGACAAUUGCCACGAUUGGUUCCGCUUCAGCGGUCGCGUCCUGGGAUUGGCUUUGGUGCACCAGUACCUGCUGGACGCCUUCUUCACGCGACCCUUCUACAAGGCGCUGCUGCGUCUGCCAGUUGCCCUGAGCGACUUGGAGUCGCUGGACAACGAGUUCCAUCAGUCGCUGCAGUGGAUACGCGACAAUGACAUCGGCACGGGCGUCGAUCUGGGACUGACCUUCUGCGUCACCGAGGAGCUGCUCGGUCGUGUGGUGGAGCGGGAACUGAAGCCGGGCGGCAAGAACAUCAUUGUGAACGAGAAGAACAAGAAGGAGUAUCUGGAGCGGAUGAUCAAGUGGCGCUUGGAGCGCGGCGUCCAGGAGCAGACGGAGUCGCUGGUGCGCGGCUUCUACGAGGUGGUGGACUCGCGGCUCGUCUCCGUUUUCGAUGCCCGCGAACUGGAGCUGGUGAUCGCUGGCACCGCGGAGAUCGACACCAAUGACUGGCGAUUGAAUACGGAGUAUCGGUCUGGGUACCACGAUAACCACCAGGUGAUCGUGUGGUUCUGGCAGGUCAUCGAGCGUUUCAGCAAUGAGCAGCGGUUGCGCCUGCUGCAGUUCGUGACCGGCACCUCCAGCAUUCCGUACGAGGGCUUCUCGGCGCUGCGAGGCUCGACCGGGCCGCGUCGCUUCUGCAUCGAGAAAUGGGGCAAGCCGAACGCCCUGCCCCGCGCCCACACCUGCUUCAAUCGGUUGGACCUGCCGCCGUAUCCCACACCGGAGCUGCUCUACGAGAAGCUGCUGCUGGCCGUCGAGGAGACCAACACGUUCGGCAUCGAGUAGGCACGUGAUAUUUGCACCUCAGCCUCACUUUGUUGCACACACACACAGACACACACACACACCCCGAAACGCUUUAUUUCGAUUUUAGAAGUUUUUUAUGACACGCCUAAGUCUAGAGGAUCGUGGAUGAUGCGGAAAUCCCAGGGACUUUAAAGAUCCUCUAAUAAUAUUCCAUUCAAUUGAGAAGUUCUCUACUUUAUAACACCUACUUUUGCUUUAAAUCUGAUCGGAUUUCCGCCGCAUUCACGACGAUACUGUAGUUAUUUAUAUACGUAGGAUACCCGUCCCCAGAAAAGAUAAAAAGAGAAAGAAAAAAGAAAAAGAAAAAGAAAAAGAAAAGCCUAGCCAUAGACAGACUUGCUACUUUAGGCUCGGCAUCCCCUUAGUUUGUAGACAAUUUGCCUUCGCCUUCGUUUUUGCCGUUCAUUGAAUGGAAGUUACCUCAAGAGCAAAACGGCUUGCCAGCGCCGCCAGUCAUUAGUCGUAAGAUCGUAAGAUACACGCCCCCUGGAUAACUUCUGAGCCCAAGGAUCCUUCCUUCGCUUGACUCUGCCUGACUUUUUUUUACACUCGAAACGAUGCCAACUGCCUCUAGGAAAAUUUUCGACGCGUAAUCGUAAUCGCUGCUCCUGCAGAUUGAACUUAGCAGAACCCAAAGAAAAAAAUAAAGAAAAGAGAGCAGAGCAACUCUACGCCAAUACUUAACUAGCUUAUAAUGUUGUCUUAGCCUUAACUCGAAUUCCAACUCAAAUUUGAACACUCCCUAGAUGUGUGCAUUCCAAAUAAGCGUACUGUGGAUGUCAGUUAUUAUAGCAUAUAUACUAUAUAGAUAUAUAUAUUUAUCCUCCUCUUUUACCACUCCCCCCAAAAACAAAAAAAAAAAAAAAAACAAACAAAAAGAAAAGUAUGUAAAUUGUUUUUGAAUUUACAAAUCCUUUAAAUAUUCGCGUGGAUGUUGUCGUGUGCAUCCUCGCCUGCCAAUUGACCAAAUCUAUGGCCAGAAUCGGACUGCACACGUCAUCUUCCAUCGAGUCUAUAUGGUAUAUUAUAUAUACACAAAUUGGCUGCUGUUUUGCCAACGAUUACAAAUUGGUCCAGUGCGUUGCUUCGGCUUUAUUGGUUCUUUCGGCGCAUACAAUUAACGAUAUAUGAAUUAUAUAUAUUUAACGAAAACUUACAAAAUUCAAAACUUAGCUAAAUAAUUGAAGGAAAAAAACAUACAAAAUGAAUAAAAAAAAAACAACCUACAUUUUUAUGAUUAGUAUUGAUCGAAAGCGAGAACGAAACGAAACGAAAAAGAUAACUAAAUGGUGAUUUGUUUACAUGUAUUUUUGGCAUUAGUUAAAAACGGAAAGCGAAUAAGACGGAGAGAGACAGAGCGAUAGACAGAGACGGAGUCAGUGAAAGAGAUAGACAUAGAAGAUAAACAAACGCUUUUUGAACUACUUAUUGAUAAAUAAAGAUUGUUUUAAUGAAUUAUUAAUGUGCGUGUAUUUAUGAACAAAUUACCUAUAAUUAUAAACAAAUAAAUGUGAGCCUUUUACUUCAAAAGCAAAACUGAAAA